AUGGUGGCUCAAGAUGCUUCCGAAUAUCCUGGGGAUCACGCUUUCUUCUGCUACAUACGAGGAUCGCGGGACGUGGCGACGUCUAUGCUGAUAUCGCCCAUCGCUAAGGAUGUCACUGAGCGAGGCUCGCAAACAAUUGAAAAGAUGCUGAGACAGACCCUCGCCUCCGUUUCCCGCAAGCUUGCGGUAAAUACUCUUAGUGAAGACGAACAAAGUGAUGAAGAAAUUGAUGCUAGCGCAGAAGAAGACUUCGAUGAGUACGAUGAUCAUUUCGACGACGACUUUGGUCUCGCAGCUACUUCCCAGAAAUCUCUGGACCACGCUGUCCUCCAAAGUGACUUUAUUGAGAUCGUGGCCUACGGAUAUAGACCGGGCUUUGUACCGAUUGGCAUCGACGAGCAUGUUAUGUCGGUUUCUCACCCGAUAAUCAGGCUCGCCGAUGACAUCCCUGCGCAUGUCCUGAUGGCUUGGGACCGACGACUUCUGGCGCAGUCGCAGCACUUGACGCUACUAGUACACGGCCUGAGAGGCGUGUAUCCCGUUCUUCGAGGAGACGGCAGCCUAAGUCCUGAGGCGAUUGCGCGUGGCAGUACGCCCCAGUUCAAAGUCGGAAUGACGCCGAGGUAUAAACCGCGGAAAGAAGACGCUGUGGAAGCUACACGCGUCUUCGGCCUGCGAGAGAACCAGGAACCCCAGAAGGAGAAAGACCUUUGGGCAUCCGUAGACGAGGAUCCUGAUGAGAAGCUCGACGAGACUGAUAACGCUGCAGAGGCGGCGCGGAGCACCGAGUUUGAGCACUUCAGUCUAAGCACAUCCUUGGAGACACUUCUCAAUGACGUUUUCCUACCUGUGCUGAAGCUGCGGCUAAAGUAUGACCUCGGCUGGGCUGGCGCCGAGGCUCUACUCUGGGAAGCCGAGCGAAAACAGCAAAAAUCGGAGGACAUUGCCAAGAGCAUGCGGCUAGCGAUCCAUGAGGCUGAGGAGAGAGACAGAGAGCUCUCCUUAACCUACAAAUUACCCCCGGACCCCCUCCUAUCCCGUGACUCGCGAGAUCGUCUCAAUCUACCGCUACUUGCGUUCUCUUACCUGUUGCGCCGACUGACGCUUUGCCCCCGCUACUGUAUUGUCUGCCAUGAUAGACUCCUGACUGACUAUGAAGCGCUGAAGCCCUACGUCUGUGAUUCACCCCUCUGCACGUACCGAUACUAUCAUUAUAACCGGGGCCCUUCGCUCGAGUACGAGAUCCGCACGAACCCCGAAACGGUCGACCUUCUAGCAUCGCUAGCAUACUCUGCAGCUAGUGCCAAGGUUUUGGAUGACCCUCUACCGGUGGGGAUGGGGCUCCGCGUUCCAAGCCCGGAUGUGACAUCACCAGCGGAGUUAGAUGGGUUGUGUGAGUUCGACCGGCUUACACGUCAACAGAUGUGCACAUCCAUUGCAAUGCUCCUUGACGAACUUCCUCCCAUUGCUACUCUGAAGAAGCACCUUGAGAAGCCGAUCCCUGUAGGUAAGAUGAGAGCCGGUUUGAAGGACUUCGAUCGCUCCAUCCCGGAGGCGGCUUGGUUCAUACUGCGAUGGUGUGUGGCAUCGUGCACUGCACAUAUCGAGGAAAUGAAGAACGACGAAGAACGUCUUCAAAACAUAAACCCUGAAUGGAGGCAGUUCCGAUUCAGUGUAGGUGCUCCCGAUGCCGAAGCGAAAUUCCACAAGGCACUAGAAUCGGCGCAAGUGGAUAACCACAAUGCGAGACGCUACCCAUGUCUAUAUGCUUUUCACGGCUCACACGUGCAUAAUUGGCAUUCGAUCAUCCGACAUGGCCUAUGGUAUAAGACGAUCGCCAAUGGGAGGGCGUAUGGCAACGGCGUGUACUUUGCAAAGGAGGGGAAUACCUCAUUAAGUGGAUACGCUCACGCAAGCGGUGUGCGGUGGAAGAGCAGCGAAAUAGGUGUCUCACAAUGUAUGGCUCUUGCACAGAUCGUCAAUCUCCCCUCCAAAUUUGUGAGCAACGAUCCAUUCUUCGUCGUUGCUGACACAGAAUGGAUUCUGUGUCGCUAUCUCCUAGUCAGAGGCCUCUCUGUGGACGGCGCCGAGAAAACCAGCAGGCUUUCGGCACUAGACAUUCCUCGGAUUCCUCUCGUGCCUCUUGAUCCGGCACAUCCGGUUACCCUGUCCAGCCAGCAAGUCAUGAUCCCUGACCCCACUUUCAUCGUUGACAAGCUGCUCUCUGAGCGUCACGGGGAGUUUGUCGAUGUCGACUAUGACGAGGAAGACUCGUCGAUCUUGGAAGGUCGUCCUUUAGGCGAGACAUCUCAAGCGAAUGAAUCCAUACCGAGCCCAGUUGUCGCUGACUGGAUUCAUGAUCCGAUAUGGCUUCAUGAGUGCGUUGAGCACCUCCUGCCGCCACCUCGUGAAGCAACGCCACAGGCGACUAUGGCGCUACAGAGAGAACUCAAGGCCAUGCUGAGAGAACAGGACAAGACGAAGAGUAUGAGGGAACUCGGAUGGUAUAUGCCUCCCGACUUCAUUGGCGACAAUCUCUUUCAGUGGAUUGUGGAGUUGCAUUCGUUCGAUGAGGAUCUACCUAUCGCACAAGACAUGAAAGCCAAGGGCAUUAAUUCUCUAGCCUUUGAGAUACGGUUUCCGCCGUCGUUCCCACUGUCGCCGCCUUUCUUUCGCAUAUUGAAACCGCGAUUCUUGCCGUUCAUACAGGGCGGGGGUGGACAUAUUACGGGAGGUGGAUCGAUGUGUAUGGACCUCCUGACGGCAGACGGCUGGCUACCUAGUUACAGCAUAUCGGCGAUACUCUUGCAGAUCAAGCUAGCAAUCUCUAAUCUGGAUCCAAGGCCCGCUCGAUUGGCUCAGAAUUGGGAUGCGCCAUACAGAAUGAACGAGGCACUUGAAGGCUACAAAAGGGCCGCCUCUACACAUGGAUGGACACUCCCUGCUGGUUUAGAUCGCCUUGUACGCUAA